CUUUUUCGGAACAAAUUAAGUUUUCCUCUUUCCUGUGGAAAGAGUGAGAUUUGUUCUGGGAAGUUUCCAGAGCAUUCCAUGGCAGCUGCGGGAAGAGCACCGCCAGGCGCCCGUCAGCACCGAGGCGUCCCCUCUCUGGACUCUCAGGGUCAGGGUGCGAUUAGGCAGUUGGAGUAUCAGCUGCAUCUGGAACAGCGAGUUUCUGGAUUAUUCCGAAGAUGGGGCCGCCUUCCCGCACCGCAGCUCUUCCUUCUGCGCGGGCCUGGCGCUGGGUCCAAGUAGAGCAGGUGUGACCCGUUCGUCCGAGCAACCCGCCCUGUGCAGCGGGAAGCAGCGCCUGGAGGCCGCGUUCUUGGUGUUUAGUUCGGGAGGCCGAGGACGUUGGUUCUCGUGCAGAGUAACCUGUCCGUCAGUCUGCAGGGUCGCUCUGUGCAGAGCAGCAGGAUCGCGGGGUGUUCUCCCGUCGAGCGCUGCUGGGGACGCUCGGGCCGGGGCGCGCGGGGAGCGUGGAGGGCGCUGUCCGCCCGGCGACCGAGGGUGGGCCGGCCUCUCGUGUGCGGGGCUGUCCCCUGUGCCUGCCCGAGGGGGGACCGCUGGGCGUGCUCGCGCGAGGCGGGCUCUGAACAGCUUGACCCUGCCUCAUGGCGAAAGCUGUGCGCCGAGGCAGGGAGCUGGGUCAGGGUUUUGCCAUGAAGGUGACAGGACAGGAAGGGUAAGAAAAUGGAGAACACCAAGGGAGUAGCUGUUGUGGUUGAUGUCCGAGGAGUCGGAGCAGUUAGGAGGGCAGUUAGUCCUCGAGGGAGGCCACGGGCCGUGGCACAGUGGUGCGGCCACAGAGGGAGGUAGCGGUCGCAGCAGGAAAGUGUGGGUGGGAGUGGCCGCGUGAGGGACGCGGGGCUUGGAACGAGGAGUCCGGGGGUGCUAGUCCGCGCCGCUGAGAUGGUGCCGACUGUGACCCUGGAGUCCGUGGUGGGGUGGGGAGCACGUGGCUGGAAAGGAGGGUGCUGGAGACCUGAGGGCAACUUGCAGAGGCUCGUAGCCAAGAACGGGGAGAAUGGUGGUGCCGAGGAGGAGCGCGGCCACGGGGUCCUCAGGCGGCUGGAGGCCCGAUGUCAGGCCGUGCUGUGGCUGCGUGGCUGUGUGGGCGGCAGGGUGUGGAGCUGUAUGUGCGUGGGGGGCCCUGUGGCGUUCUGCGUUCUGGAAGGCAGGACCCUGCAAGGAAGGGAGUCCCAUGGGUGGGUUGCGGGGGGUGCUGGCUCUGAGCAGGAGCGAGGAGCGCCGCUCACGUGGCUGUCGUGGACGUGGGAGGUGGGUGGCAGCCACAUGUCAGCCUUGUCGUGGGCUCCUCAGGCCUCGGGCGGUAAGGCCGCAGAGCGCUGGGACCUCGCGGGGGAAGAGCUGUGUCCAGAAGACGCGCUGCUCCUGGCUGAGAAAAUUAAUUCAGCACUGCCUUCACUUCUUAACACCUGUGGUUGCAUGAAACCCGAGUAUACCCAGCCCAGAGCAGUCCUCGGCUUCAGUGAGAUUUGCAGCAUUUUCAUGUUUUGUGAGACCCUGUCUCCACCUGUGUAUUACUGCAUGGGCUGAAACUGGAGUCCAGUUUGGCUGAAAGGAGUCCUUAUGAGUCCACAUGUUUCUGCUGAACUUGUAAAAGAGGCACUUGGAUGAUGGAUUAAUAGGAACAUUGAGAUUCUGUGAAAAGUUUGAAAUCGGAGAGUAUUCAAUUUUCACCCUAGUCCAGCAGCUGUGCUGCUCACUUAAAUACAGAUGAAUGAAGACCCCAUUCGGGAAGACCCCUGGCCAGCGGUCCAGAGCGGAUGCAGGCCAUGCUGGUGUGUCCGCAAGUAUGAUGAAGAAAAGGACGUCCCACAAAAAACAUCGGAGCAGUGUGGGGCCGAGCAAACCUGUUUCCCAGCCCCGGCGGAACAUCGUGGGCUGCAGGAUUCAGCACGGCUGGAAGGAGGGAAGCGGCCCUGUCACCCAGUGGAAGGGAACCGUGCUGGACCAGGUGCCUGUAAACCCUUCUUUGUAUCUUAUAAAAUACGAUGGAUUUGACUGUGUUUAUGGACUAGAACUUAAUAAAGAUGAAAGAGUUUCUGCGCUCGAAGUCCUCCCUGAUAGAGUUGCGACCUCCCGGAUCAGCGAUGCGCACCUGGCCGACACGAUGAUCGGCAAGGCGGUGGAGCACAUGUUUGAGACGGAGGACGGCUCCAAGGACGAGUGGAGGGGGAUGGUCCUGGCACGCGCCCCCAUCAUGAACACGUGGUUCUACAUCACCUACGAGAAGGACCCCGUCUUGUACAUGUACCAGCUUUUAGACGACUAUAAAGAAGGCGACCUUCGCAUUAUGCCUGAUUCUAACGAUUCUCCUCCAGCAGAAAGGGAGCCGGGAGAAGUUGUGGACAGCCUGGUGGGCAAACAGGUGGAGUAUGCCAAAGAGGACGGCUCCAAGAGGACUGGCAUGGUCAUUCAUCAGGUGGAGGCCAAACCGUCGGUCUAUUUCAUCAAGUUCGAUGACGAUUUCCAUAUUUACGUCUACGAUUUGGUGAAAACAUCCUAGAUGUCAUCAUGGACUUGGCCAAAUUUGUGGAACUAUUAAAUGUAUAAUUUGUAGACAUAAAGACUUGAUUGCUUUCCAGUUUAAUGAAAGCUUAAAUGUCCCUGCGAACCCACAAUCUCUGCCAGCAGAACCAGUUUGUUCUGAAUAGUACAGAUUGAUGUGAACACAGAGCAUUUUGUGUAAGAACUCCUUCCUCUUACGAGAAGUCUGUGUGUCUGGAGGGGAGUUACAGGCAAGUUUGGUGGAGUUAAGAUAGCACCGCGGUCGUGUAAACUGGACUGGACCGCCCCAGCCCCCCAGCACUGUACUUCUUCCCACCUGCUGCCACGCUGCAAGCAUGGUCUGGCGCUGUCGGUACUGCCUUCUUCGUCGAGACGUGUAUGGACCUCUCUCUCCCUGUCCGCAUCCGUGUGUGUCCAUACGCGCCACACACACACACACACACAGACACCCACCCACACGCUUCCUUGGCAGUCCUUUCCUUGUGGAUUGGGGCGGGGGUUCAGUAAUAUUCUCCAGUUUAACAGGAGUGCUUGUCCUCAGUCAGUCUGAUUUCGUAUAUUACUGCUGUUUACUUAAAAGUAAAUGUGGGCACAGGAGACACAGAGAUGUUCAGCGUGUUUUGGAAGUCAGAAGUUCAGACACCUUUUCAGUCUGGAGGCUUUAAACCAUCAGUCCGAAUAGGAAUCAUUUGUGAACAGUUGCUGGACCCACAUUAGAAUUUAACAAAACAGAAAGCUGGGUAAAAAGCUGCCUUUAAUUUCUAAGCUUUGUAAAAUUUUGUUUACAUUUUUUAUCAUAAAUACUUUUUUUGUUUUAAAGCAAAGCCCAGGUACUUGGUCCACACGGUGUGAUGCCGGGGUGCCUUGUACGGCACAACCUGGUCUGUUAGUCUGUACGAUCAGCAGUCUGGAUUCUAGUACGUGAUUUGAGAAGCAACAGCGCGCCAGUGGUUUGUGUGCAUGUGGUAAGUUCCUGGCGGAACCUAGUGCUUUGAUCCGAGACAUACAAGUUGGAGAGUGGUGUUGUGGCCUUCUGACAAGUUCUCUGGGACACUUUUAUUUUUAUUACUGUUCUUACUGAUACGUGGUUGUGGUCAGAAGGCUUCCCCCAGCUUUUCCCCACAGAGAGUAUGUAGACAUGUCACGGCCUGGGUCCCCGACACUUUCUGUGGUGCUGAGUGCGCUUGGCUCCCGGUGUUCUGCUGACGGGGACUCUCCUGUCAUCGUGCUAGCCUGUGGGUGUGACUGUGGCCCUCAGCCUCACAGCCCUUUCGUGGCUUGUUCCUGCAAGGUGGUUUUGACCGAAGUAGAAUCACAGAAGUGGUUGGGUGGCAGCGACAUCGUCAUCAUCUGUCACGUUGUUUCAGAUGAGCCCUGCCAGUUUGAAAGCCAGGAGAGAGGCCGCACGGAAUGCAGUAUCUUGUGGAGGUUAAAGAGCUUACCUGAGGGUCAGGCAGAAGGCUGAAUGCACGUGUUGCCAGCCGACUACCAGCAGUCCGUGCGGCCUCUGUCACGGCUGUUCUCAGUACUGGAGGUUCUGUUGUUGGUGGCCUUACUGUGCGCGGUCCGCGUGGUGCCUGCUUUGCCUUUGGAAGGCUGUGCGUUGGCAUGCUGUUGGACAGUGACCCCCGCGCUCUAGAAUGCAGUGCCUCCCCUCGGGCCGCGGAGGGGAGCUUGUCUGCCUCUGCGCCUCUCCCCGCGGUGCCUGCCUGGUCUCACACUUCUCUGGCUUCAGCAGGGGUCGUGCUGCACGACUGUCCGUCACCUCUUUCCCAGUGGCUCUGGUCAGGAGUCCCUGCAUGCCGGUCUCCAGGCUGAGUCUGCUCCCCGAGCACAGGUAGACACGUGUGCCCCGAGAGUAGGACGUCUGGUGUGUGCACUGUACGAACAUGGUACAGUGACUUUGGACUGAAAACCAGUGUUCUUUGGAGUAUCCUGAGGGCUGGGUCAGUGGCAACCUUCCCAGCGUCACUUGACGACUUACAUCAUGGUUUUCCUGCGAGUACCUUUAGCACCUUCGAUACUACAUGGUCUGCCACUCUCCCGAUGAACGUGACACAUGAUGAUCACCAUUAUUUUCAUCAUUUCCAUUUGCUGCCUUUAGGACGGAAGGAAGGGGAAGGGGUUUUUUGUUGUUUUCCUGCCCCCCCCCCAACAAUUCUCUUUUCUUUUGGUGGCUUAACCCACACUUGCGCGGUGACUGAUUCCACUCCCUCGCCCGGUACUUCAGGCUUCGUUCUAGGCUCACGUUUCAGAUCUGCAUGCAUUGCUUGCCUUUUCCUGGUAUCAGAAUGUUGGUUCCUUGUUGUAGGAGCCCGACAUGAGUUUCCAAAAUUAUCAUGGGACUUGUGACUGCACAAGCCCUGAACCUGUAUAAAAUGUCCCGGCCUUCCUCACUGACCUGCUAUCGUGUUCCCGUGUCGUGUGCGUGUGACGUCCGGCUGCCACGUGAAGCUUCCGAGGAGAACCUUAAACGCAGACCAUCCUUUUUUGCAUGCUCUAUUCUAAGUAGAAUGUUCAAUGUAACUAACUGAACUUGCAUGUGGAAGAUAUUUAGGUUUUUUGUUUUCUAUCUUUGUUUUGAUUUUGUUUUCUGUUUCCUGUAUAUUUGCUUCCUGUGCCGUUGUAGUGGUCGUAGGAUGAGAAUGCACUGGCGAGCCAGCGCCAGCAGAAGGGGAUUUCCCAGCUCUGUCUGUCGUGCAGCAUUUGAAGGGACUGUGCAUUCUCGAAGCGCCCAGUCACCUCUCAGCCAGAGUUCAUUCCUAUUCUUGUUUUACGUGCCAAACCCCGCAGUGCAUUGGGCUCGAAUCUCUGAACCCUGUGGACCCAUUAGAAGACUGUUCGGAUUGUCACAAAUUGUAGUGCCUGAAAACAUGCGCAAGCGGAUUGUCUUAAAAAAAGAAAAAAAGAAAAAAGAAAGUUCUCCAAAGACAAAACAGGAACAAUUAUUAUAACAAAAUAAUUAUGGUUGAAAUGUCUGUGGUUCCUUGGAAAUGCUGCGCUUUUUGUAUUUCCACCAUUAGUGCGGUGUGAGCGGGUGUGCGUAGUUCCGAGGUCUUCGUGCUCGCACCUGACAGUUAGGUGAAUGACCUCAUCUUUCAGGCUUGAAUUCAUUUUUAAUUUUAUUUUAUACGAUGUGUAGACAGUUCCCUGUUCUCUGCAUUUAGAAGUAUAAACAAUAUAAAUCUGUUAAUUCUGUAAGUAAUUUUUAUAAUUAUGAUGUAACUCUAUCCUAUCCUUAAAACAUUUAAAAUAAACCCUUUAUGUGCAA